UUUUUUUUUAACCUACAAUUACUUUUUUUCUUUUUAUAUUGAACGUAACAUAUCAUGGCUACAGCAUUUACAUUAUUUGGUAUGAAUGUUGUUCAUGAUAGAGCACCUACUAUGGAAGGACCUACUUCAUAUCAAGAAUAUAUCGAAUUUUUGAAACAACAAGUACACCAACCUAGUGCUGUCACACCUAGUUGCCAACCAAGUAGUAGUGUAACGUCCUCACCUACACAUCAUUCCAAAAGAGACAAAAAUAUUCGAAUUCAAUGUCAAGUACGAGCAAGAAUUCCUACCAAUGAAGGUGGUGAAAUGUAUUUACAUUUAUACAAGAAUAAUCAAGAUACCAAAGAACACCUAGCUAUUGUUUAUGGGGAUUUACGUUCAAGGUCAUUAGAUGAUGCAUGGGCCAAUGAAACAAUUCUGAAUAGAGUAGUACGUGGUGCGUAUUAUGGACGACUAGAGGAAAUAGUGGCAGCAAACGAUAUGGAUAUUAUUAGCAAAUUAACCCCGGAUCAAAUGGUGUUUUUGGAACAACAACAACAAAAGGCGAAACAACAAUGGGAACAACGACAUGAGAACGAACAAUCAAGUAAGAUUCCUUUGGUUAGAAUACAUUCAGAAUGUUUCACUGGUGAAACUGUUCAUUCUGGACGUUGUGAUUGUGGUGAACAAUUGGAUGAAGCUAUGCGACAAAUGCAAUUAGCUGGUCGCGGUGUCAUUGUUUAUUUACGUCAAGAAGGUCGUGGUAUUGGAUUAUUAGAAAAGCUAAAGGCAUAUAAUUUACAAGAUUUAGGACAUGAUACAGUAGCAGCCAAUGUAUUACUGAAUCAUCCAGCUGAUGGACGAACAUAUGGUAUUGCUAAUGCUAUUUUAAAGGAUCUUCAAAUCUCUCAAGUUCAUUUAUUGACCAACAAUCCCGACAAAAUCAAACAAUUAGAAUCUUAUGGCGAUAUUCAAGUUUUAGAACGGCAUGAAAUGAUUCCUAGGUCUUGGUCAGCAACUCCUUCUUCUACUACUUCAAAUGACAACAAUAAUCAUCUUCAUAUAUUACAACCUCAUGCAUCUCCUCUUUUAUUAGAUCGUACACCUUCUUCUUCUCCUGCUUUAGGUAUGUCAACUUCUUCUGUCUUUGAUUUACCCAAAAAGGAACUGGAUCGUUAUUUAGCCGUCAAAGUCAAAAAGAUGGGCCAUAUUUUGAAUUUACCUGAUUCAUUGAAUACUUGAUAUUAUUAUUCAUAUAGACUCUCUCCCAACUCUUAUAUCAAUAAAAUG